GUCAAUUUUUACAACACACACACACGCCAAAAAACACAUACCUUGCCCUAUUUCUUCUUCGCCGCUAUUCCUCCCCCUUCUACUGCCGCGCCGCCACUGCGACCGUCACCGCCACCGCCUCCAUGCCUUCUCUGGCGUUUUUUCUCUGAUUUUCGUUUUUCUCAAUCAGCAGGUGAUUUGUGAAAAUGGCAGCAGCUGGUGGUGGAUAUACCAUUGAUGCAAGUACACUUGCCAGGCGACUAAAAUCUUUGUAUACCCAUUGGCGGGAGCACAGAGACAAGUUUUGGGGAUCUUGUAAUGCAUUUGCAGUAGCCACUCCACCCCCUUCUGAUGAUCUUCGUUAUCUGAAGUCUUCAGCUCUCAACAUUUGGUUGCUUGGUUAUGAGUUUCCAGAAACUAUAAUGGUUUUCACAGACAAACAGAUUCAUUUCUUAUGCAGCCAAAAGAAAGCAAAAUUGCUUGAUGUUGUCAAAAAGCCUGCUAAAGAUGCAGCUGGUGUAGAUGUUGUGAUGCACGUGAAACAAAAAACUGAUGACGGGUCGGACCAAAUGGAUACCAUAUUACGUGCCAUUGAAUCUCUUGAUUCUCCUGUUUUUGGGCAUAUAGCAAGAGAGCUUCCUGAAGGAAAACUUUUAGAGAAAUGGACUGAAAAAGUCAAGUCAUCUGGCUUGCAACUUAGUGAUAUAACAAAUGGAUUAGCAGAUCUCUUUGCUGUUAAAGAAACCGGUGAGCUUACAAAUGUGAAGAAAGCUGCAUACUUGACUGCAUCUGCAAUGAAACUGUUUGUUGUUCCAAAGCUUGAGCAGGUAAUUGAUGAGGAAAAGAAAGUUACUCAUUCUUCUUUAAUGGAUGAUACUGAAAAAGCUAUUUUGGAGCCUACUAGAAUAAAAGUGAAGCUGAAAGCUGAUAAUGUUGAUAUUUGCUACCCUCCUAUUUUUCAAAGUGGUGGAAAUUUUGAUCUCAAACCCAGUGCUUCAAGCAACGAUGAUAAUUUGUCUUAUGAUACUGCUAGUGUGAUAAUUUGUGCACUCGGGUCCCGUUACAAUAGCUACUGCGCGAAUGUGGCUAGGACUAUUCUUAUUGAUUCAAAUGCUACUCAAAGUAAGGCAUACCAGGUUCUGCUGAAAGCCCAUGAGGCUGCCAUAGCUGCACUGAAGCCCGGCAACAAGGCUAGUGAUGUUUACAAAGCUGCACUUGCAGUUGUUGCAAAAGAAGCUCCCGAGUUGACUGCAAAUUUGACAAAAGCAGCUGGUACAGGAAUUGGUCUUGAGUUUCGUGAGUCGUGCUUGACUCUUAAUGAGAAAAAUGAAAGAAUCUUGAAAGUGGGUAUGGUUUUAAAUGUAUCACUUGGGUUUCAAAACUUGCCAACAAAUAGUAGCAAAACGAAGAGUCCAAGCUAUGCACUUUUACUUGCGGAUACUGUUAUCAUAACUACUGCUGGUAAUGAGGUCGUGACUUCUUUGAGCACUAAAGCCUUUAAAGACGUUGCAUACUCUUUCAAUGAUGCCGAGGGCGAGGGAGAAGAUGAAAGACCACAAAUCAGAGUCGAGUCUAAAGUUAAUGAAGCUUUGUACUCUAAAGCCACUUUAAGGUCAGACAACAAUGAAAUGUCUAAAGAAGAGCUUAGAAGACAACAUCAAGCCGAACUUGCUCGUCAGAAAAACGAAGAAACAGCUCAACGUCUUGCUGGCGGAAAAAGUGCUACUGGCGAUGGAAGAUCUUCAUCAAGAUCUUCAAAUGAUAUAAUUGCUUAUAGAAACGUAAACGAUGUUCCUCCAACUAGGGAACCGAUGAUUGUGGUUGACCAGAAGAACGAGUCGAUUCUUAUACCAAUGUAUGGGUGCAUGGUGCCUUUCCAUAUUGCUACUGUGAAGACAGUUUCAAGUCAAGCUGAUACAAGUCGAAACUGCUAUAUUCGAAUAGUAUUUAAUGUUCCUGGAACACCAUUUUCGUCACAGGAUCCCAACUCACUCAAGAACCACACAGAUAUAUUUUUGAAAGAGGCCUCAUUUCGGUCUAGUGACCCAAGGCAUAUUAGUGAAGUGGUUCAACAGAUAAAAACACUUCGAAAAAAUUUCAAUUCUCGCGAGUCUGAAAGAGCUGAAAGAGCAUCAUUGGUUACUCAGGAGAAACUUGUGCUUGCAGGGAAUAAGUUUAAACCAAUCAGAUUGACUGACCUUUGGAUCCGUCCCACGUUUCCGGGUCGUGGAAGGAAGCUUCCGGGUACUCUGGAGGCUCAUGAUAACGGUUUUAGAUACUCGACUUCAAGGUCAGAUGAACGUGUGGAUAUUUUAUUUGCUAAUAUUAAACAUGCAUUUUUUCAAGCAGCUGAGAAAGAAAUGAUUACUUUGCUUCACUUUCAUCUUGACAACCAUAUUAUGGUUGGAAACAAGAAAACAAAAGAUGUUCAAUUUUAUGUGGAGGUUAUGGAUGUUGUGCAAACACUUGGAGGUGCGAAAAGGUCUACUUAUGACCCAGAUGAGAUUGAGGAAGAACAAAGAGAGCGGGACCGUAAAAACAAGAUUAAUAUGGAAUUUCAGAAUUUUGUUAAUCGGGUUAAUGAUCUGUGGGGACAACCGAAGUUCAAAGCAUUUGACCUUGAGUUUGACCAGCCUUUAAGAGAGCUCGGGUUUCAUGGUGUGCCUCAUAAGGCUUCAGCUUUCAUUGUUCCGACUUCUAGCUGUUUGGUUGAGCUCAUUGAAACUCCAUUUUUUGUGGUUACUUUGAGCGAGAUUGAAAUUGUGAACCUUGAAAGGGUCGGUCUCGGACAGAAGAAUUUUGACAUGGCAAUUGUGUUUAAAGAUUUCAAGCGUGACGUGCUUCGUAUCGAUUCAAUUCCUUCUACGUCACUUGAUGGUAUUAAAGAGUGGCUUGACACAACUGACAUAAAAUACUAUGAAAGUAGAUUGAAUAUGAACUGGCGGGCUAUAUUGAAAACAAUCACUGAUGACCCGCAAAACUUCAUUGAUGAAGGAGGAUGGGAGUUUUUGAAUUUGGAAGUUAGUGAUUCUGACUCUGAUGCUUCACAGGAAUCAGACCAGGGUUACGAACCAUCUGAUGUGGAGCCCGAGUCGGAGUCAGAAGAUGACGGGUCUGACAGUGCAUCAUUGGUAGAAUCUGAUGAAGAAUCCGAAGACGAAGAUGACGAAGGAUCUGAUGAAUCGGAAGGGAAGACAUGGGAUGAGUUGGAGAGGGAAGCAAGCAAUGCUGACAGGGAGCAUGGUGCCGAGUCAGACAGCGAAGAGGAGCGGAAAAGAAGGAAGAUGAAGGCUUUUGGCAAGUCGCGUGCAGGUCCUAGCAGCAGUGCUCCAAAGCGUCCAAAGUUCAGAAGGUAAAAUGCUAGUUUUUACGAGUUUAGAAUAGCUGAAGUAAUGUUAAGUUGUUUUGGGAACAUGUUAGUUUGAAAAGCAGCAGAGUAUUUUGUCUGUUAAUUAUUAAAGUUGAAUCUGGUCAAGACUUAUUUGCAAACCAACCACCUUUUGGUUUUCAAAUGGUAAUUCCAUUUCCAUCUAUAUAUUAUUUGGUGAGA